CAAUGACUCAAGUGUGAGAUGAUGAGCAGCCCUCCUCCAUGCCAUAGUUGGGAAAUACCAUCCAGUCAUAUCAUUAUAAAAUGUCUAGUGCUGAGUAAUGCCUUUUGUCAACUUACUUUUCUUUCUUUUUCAGUCAUACUUCACCCAUUCGGACCAGAGUUUGAUCUGCAAUAUGAUGUUAAAGACCGAGACCUCAUCCUUAACCUGCUCCUGUCUCUACAUGAGCACCUGUCCAAUGUCGCUGGAGAACAUGAUUGUGGAGACUUUAAAAAUCCUUUAAACAGAAGUGUCUCUUUUAGUGACGCCUCUACGUACCUCAAGCUCCAAAAUGAAGCCUAUGAAAACUUGAUUGAAACGUCUUUAGAGUGGGUCAUGAAAACCAAAGAUGUUGUUGGUAUAAGGUUGAUUGGUGCUGACCCUUCUCAACCCAUAGAGGAAGUAUCGGAAAUCUCACGACUGGAGUCCAUCCACCCACGCAUGUCCUUCUUCUGUCGUCUCAGACGCGCCUUCUUCACUGUGAUCCACAGAGUUCUCUUCGUCCUUGCAGGCAUUGGUGUAGUUUUGGGUUUGGUGUAUUACAUGAAAUACAGAUGGCGCAAAGAAGAGGAGGAAACUAGACAGAUGUAUGACAUGGUGGAAAGGAUCAUCGAUGUAAUGAGAAGCCACAAUGAAGCAUUUCAGGAGAAUAAGGGCUUGCAGCAGUAUUUGCCCAUCCCUCAUGUCCGUGACUCUCUUGUCCAGCCUCAAGACAGAAAGAAGAUGAAAAAGGUGUGGGACAGAGCCGUUGCUUUUCUCUCUGCUAAUGAGUCCCGCAUCCGGACAGAAACGCAGAGGAUUGGAGGGGCAGACUUCAUGGUGUGGCGGUGGCUUCAGCCCUCAGUGUCACCUGAUAAGAUGUCCAGCAUGCCAUCCAAAGUGUGGCAAGGCCAAGCUUUUCCGUUGGACCGAAGAAAUUCACCACCAAACAGCUUAACGCCAUGCUUGAAGAUUCGCAACAUGUUUGAUCCUGUAAUGGAAGUAGGGGAAAACUGGCACCUCGCCAUUCAAGAAGCCAUUUUGGAGAAGUGCAGUGACAACGAUGGAAUUGUUCACAUAGCUGUUGACAAAAACUCAAGAGAGGGCUGCGUUUAUGUGAAGUGCCUUUCAGCAGAGCAUUCUGGGAAAGCCUUCAAAGCACUGCAUGGCUCCUGGUUUGAUGGUAAGCUGGUGACGGUCAAGUAUCUACGUCUGGAUCGCUACCACCAGCGUUUCCCACAAGCCCUGGGCUGCAACUCGCCCCUCAAGCCCUCCAGCUCGAGCAUGAACAGCAUGUCUCGUCUGAACCAGCGAUCCAGCACAUCCAGCUCACUGGGUUUUUCUUGAGGAACAUGCUAACGGCCACCACCAUCCUCUCUACUCUCUCUUUCGCUAUAUACGAGGCUCCCUUCUCCUGCCUCCUCUUUACCAGAGAGAACUGCGUUCAGGAGCUUAUAAAGUUGGGCGACCUGGGAUGUCCAGUCAGUUUUGUCAGCCAUAUGCAAGCAAUGGUGUUUGAACCUGUGAGCUGCUGUGUUUUUUUCUUUUUUCCUGUCAUUCGGUAUCAAGGAAAGCAAGGGAGAUGCACACAGUAGCGUGAAAGCGGUGGAGAGAGAGUUGGUCGGUCCGACGAGAACUUUUAGGAGAGGAUGCAUGACGCAAUCUUCUCAUAUCUGGUGCAAGUGGACACAAAUUUCUGUUUCUUAUGUAUUUGCUUUGUUUUUGAUAAACCGUCUUUAUGGAUUCAAUGACAAAAAUGGCUUCCAACUUCAAAUCUCACAACACAGAUGUGUUUUCCGGGCUCUGCUUAUUUUUUACCUAACUAACUCCCCUCCUUAAUUCCAAGGAGCUCUGUUGGGCUAUACAUAGCUGCAUGUGCUGGUUAAAGUAUGCAUAUAUUUAAGCUUUGAAUUGUAUCAUAUAUUGUGGAUGUUUAUUUCCCUGAUGCUGUUUUAGCUGAUGUAUUCCCUUUAUUAUUUUUCUUUGCCUUUUUGUUUUGUAGUUUUUAGUCCAAGAACAGCAUGCACACACUCUAGAAAGGGGUGCUGUAAAUAUCUUGUUGAAUGGUGGUGGUUGAAAUCAUCUGUAUGAAACUGAAAUCGUCAUAAGCUCUUGUUUGUUUCUUGCCAACAGAAUAACUACACUGCAGCAUUCAGAGAUGUGUCAUGUGGAAGGGCCUACAUGGCUUUAUGAGAGAAAUGAACAGUUGUGUUCCCCUUCAAUGCCAUGUUUCUGAACACUAGUCUUAAUGGUCACAGCCUGAUUAUAUUCAAGUAUAUAAUUAUUUACUGUUGUUUUGUUUAUAUUUUAAAACGUAUUAUUUUCCCAUUAUAGUUGAUGCAGAUGGAUGUUCUUUUUUCCUCCCCUUACUGCUCACUUGGCAGAUUUGAAAUGCCACCCUGUCACUGUUUUUAAUCUGUCCCCGGCCCUUCUAAAUUUCCAAAGGAGACAUUUUUGAUGGAAGUUGUUUUUUGACUUUCUUGUACACACUUGUUAGAGUCGCAGCCUGAUAUGGUGAUCUGAUUCUAAUUUGUAUCGGGACACAUUCAUAAACAGCAUGUCCUGCUGCUGUCAUGUCUAUUUUGGAUCACAGAAAGAUUUAUCAGCUUUUGUUUAGAUGCAGUUCGGGUGGAUAUGAGGUAAAUAAAAUGUACUUGUUUAUUA